UUUCAUCGAUAAUUAUAAUCCAUAUAUUUAAUCGAUAUGGGCCAUGUGAUUAUCCGUCUGUCGCUCAGGUUUUAUUUGUUUGUUUUCAUUCGAUUAUGAAGUCAUACGCCUUAGGACCGCUCAGUUCAACUUAUUCUGCCAUAUUUUAAUUAAUUAAGACAAUACUACUGAAAUAUUAUGAAGAAAAUAUUAAAUCAUUUUAUUCUUAACGUGUAAAUAGUUGUUUUUUGCACUUUUUUUCUCCAUCUAACUUAGUUAAUUUAUUUGGAAUGCUGUUUGAAAUGGGUCAGCUCAUCUUAAAUCAAAAUAUGUGCUAUUUCACACUAUGAAUUGGCAAACUCUGGAAAAACAAGUACAAAAUUUCUAUACUAUCUACUAAGUUCUCUUAUUAUCAGAGAGCUUUACUCCCAUUCUUUUAAACUUGGUUACCCUUGUUUAAAAAUGGAUGUAGCAUCCAUUUCUUUCUCUGGCUCUCGUCAGCCUGUCAAGCAUGUUAUACCUCUUGGAAGGCGACUAGCUUACAGUUGUGGCCAUGUUUUAAAUGAUCUAUGUGCUUCCAUGUGGUUUUCUUAUCUGCUUAUAUUUGAACAUUCUGUUUUGAACCUGAGUAAUUUUGUUGCUGGAUCUCUGAUGCUUCUUGGGCAGAUUGCUGAUGGUAUAUCCACCCCAUUUGUUGGAUUUGAAUCUGAUCAACCCAAUGAUAUGUUCCUAUGUAGGAAAUACGGCAGAAGGAAAGCUUGGCAUUUAGUUGGUACAAUAUGUGUGAUAUUUUCUUUUCCUUUCUUAUUUAUGGAUUGCAUAAGUUGUUCCAAUUCAUUCGAAUAUGCCAAGUUUAUUUAUUAUGGAGCUUUCAUAAUUAUUUUUCAAUUUGGAUGGGCCUCAACCCAAAUAUCUCACUUAUCUCUCAUUCCUGAUCUAACACCACUCUCAUGUGAAAGAGUUGAGCUUAAUUCCUAUAGAUAUGCCAUGACAGUCGCGUCUAAUAUUUGUGUAUAUACAACAUUAUUAAUUGUCUUAGGUGUAGCUAGUGGAGAAGAUUCCCAUAUUGGACCUACAGAUCUGCACAUAUUUAGAAAUGUUGCACUUGCAAUGGUCGGUGUUGGUACUGUCUUCUCAUUGAUCUUCCAUCUUUUUGUAAAAGAAGAGGAUCAUCCUCAUUUUGCCAUUGAACAGCAGUGCGUAAUCAAUGAAGCUAGCAAUAUGAUUGAAAAGCCACAUUUAACUUGGAGUGAUUGGUUUUUUCAACCACAAUUUUACAUGGUUGCAAUUCUGUAUACUUCUACGAGACUGUUUUUUAAUAUAUCACAAGUUUAUAUGCCAAUGUAUAUUCAGGAUACACUUAAGUUACAUAAGAGUAAAAUAGCCAUUAUUCCCCUUGUGAUAUUUUUAAGUGGAUUUCUAUCAUCAUUUAUAGUGAAAUUUAUUAAUCGUCAUUUUGGUAGCAAAAUUACUUACCUAAUAGGUUGCAUCUUAGGCCUUGGGGCUUGUGUUUGGAUUCAUUUUGGUGAAGGAGAGACUUACUGUCAAUAUGAAUUAUAUGGUGUUGCAGUUCUUAUUGGAGUAGCUGGAUCUACUCUUUUAAUUAUGUCCCUUGGCAUCACAUCAGAUCUUAUUGCAAAUAGCACAACGAGUGGUGCUUUUGUAUUUGGAUGCAUGAGCUUCCUUGAUAAGUUGUCAAAUGGUGUUGCUGUAGAACUUAUUCAGGUUUUUCAUCCAUGUUUAACAUGUUGUACUAGUUGCAGAUGGUAUUACAGAUAUAUACUCGAGUUUGCUUGUGGAGGUGCAAUACUUCUUGGAUUGAUUUCCCUAGCUUGUCUUGCUACGCAAUCUAUAGGAGAAAGAAGGAAUGAAGAACAACUGCAUAGGAACUCAAUUAUUCGACAUAACAGAAGAGUCGCCAGUAUGACUUCUGCUAAGGAAAGAAGCUUUGAGGAACGAAGAUCAUUACUCGAUGAUGAAUCGGAUUCUGUCACUACGUGAUCUUUUGUUAUUUAAUUAAUAGUUUGUUAUUUAUUUUUUUAAAGAGUUUGAGUAGUUAUGGGCAUUAAAAGAUGAGACUUUUAAAGUUUGAGUACGAAGGAGUGUUGCACAGGGUGAUUGAAACUUUUUAUACUUCAUGUUUCUUUGUACUCAUGUUUGUUUGUAGGAGAUGUGAUGCUUUUUAUAUUCUGAGAACACUUUAUAUCUUGUUGGAAAUAUUGAAUGCCUUUAAAAGAGUCCAAUUUUAAAGUGAUGCUAGUGAAAAACUGUCUAAAGAGUUCAAAUUUACAACAUGUAUAGUUUUAGAUAGCAUAUUAUUAUUUUUAAUUUCAUAAAAUUGAUCUUAAAAAAGGUAAACCAAAAAAAUUUUUUUUAUAGAAGUGUUUAUAACUGCAAAGAAAAUAGCGUAAAUGUAUAUAAUUUAUUUUACAUUUAUUUAAGUAUUAUUUGUUUUUAUGGUUUACUAUUUUUCUGAGUAAAAAAGCCUAUGAUAUUUUAAAAUUGCAAUUCAUUUCAGAUUUUCCACACAUUAAUUCUUAAAAAAAAAUGGUUUAUCUUAAUAUUCUUUCUAAGAUCAUUUCCUAAACAUAUCUGAUGCACAGGGAAAACCUUUUUUUAACUUGUGUGCUUCCCCACAAAGGAAACUUGUUUCAAUGUCAUUAUCCCUCCAAGUAUUGAGAUCCAGGACAAAAUUGUACUGAAAAUUCCCUGUUAACUUCCCAUUGAAUAACAUUGGGAAAGCUGGUUUUUUAAGUACAUAAAAGCAACCAGCUGAAAGUUCGGAAAAAAACUGGAACUAUUACUCAUAUGGUUCUGCUUAAAAACAGUAUUUAAAGAAGAAACUGUCAAGCUGAAAGGGGCUGAUGUUAAUUUGAUACAAAUUACUGUAGGAAAAAAAAAAAAGAAUUAGUAUGUAUUUGUUCGAGUUUUCAUGGAUUUUUUUUUUAAAUUAAAUGUAAAAAGGACUUUUUUCUUGUUAACAUAUUCACUUAUAGAGAAUUUUUUCUGUGAUUACUUUAUGAAAAACUCAGUUUUGUGCUUAUUUUAAUUAUAACUAACAGAAUAUUACAGUUAAACUUCUAUAACCUGAACAUCUAUGACUUGAGUUUUCUGUAUCUAAAGACAAUUCAUAAAAUCCUUUCUGGAUGUAUUGCUUUCAUCACUAAAUAUUUGUCUAUUGCAACAAGUCAAUUUAAUGUUUAUCUGAAGAAAUAUGUAAAAUAAACAUGUAUAAAACACUAGUUGGAUCUAUUCUGCUUUGUGGGGGUGACUGCUGAGCAACUAUCAAGUUACAUGAAAAUAAAUUAUUGACCUUUGAUUGAAAAAUCAUUAGAAAAAUAUUUGGUGCAGUCCAUAAAAAUAAUAGCUGAAGAUCCUUUUUUAACUUUGAAAUUUACAAAAAUACAAGCUACCUGAUGCUGUUAAAGUCAUAAAAUCCAAUAAAUUAAGGUGGACAGACAUUUAUUCCAAUCUUAUAAUACAAACUUUGAGAAAAAAGCUCACUUUUUCUAUUCUUUUGCAAAGCAAAACGGAACCACCAAUUAGGUUGCUUGAAUCGAUGGAGAAGGACUUCCAUAUAGUAGCUAAGGACUGGAAGAGCCUUGCUGGGAAUAUAACCAGAUGGCAAAAAUUGUUUGGGUUGGCCUUGGCCUGUAACAGACUGUAGUGCCUUGAAAGAAGUAAUUUUUGUCUGCCUAGCUUAAAAUCUGAUUUAUAAGUAACUUUGAUAAAAAAUAAUGAAAAAAUGAAAAGCUCUUGAAAAAUUUAGGCAAUACUAAAAUUGUAUUAGCAGAGAUUCCAGAAAUAGAAACUAUUGGAUUUUCUUGAGAGACCUAUCUUAAAUUUCUCUCUCUUUCUCUUUCAGUUCUUACAACAGCUUUUGAGUUAAGUAAAGUUAGAGGUAAAAUUCACUUUGAAAAAAGAAAAAGAUUUCACUUACAUUUGUGUACCUUAGUCAUUGUGUGCAUGCAUCCUCUGUGUAAAAUUAUGUUGAUAUCUUUUGGAUACCAGCUUAAUGUUAAUCUUUUGAAAUAUUCUUUUAUUAAUGAAAAUUGCUUUAAGAAGCUCUCUUAAAUGCAUUCAAUUAUAGUUUUAACAAAGAAAUGUGAUACAUUUUAUUUAUUAUGAAUUUUUAUAAAUUUUCUGUGUUUAAAAAAAUUUCUAUAUUUUAUUAGUUGUUAACAUUCCACUUUUGUUUUUAUAUUUCAUACAUGGUGUUGAUGUAAAUUUAAAAUAAUUUAUUUUUAAAUAUUCUACCCUUUAAAACACUAGUCGAAGAUGGCA